AACUGGGUAGAAAUGAUUUUGAAAUUGAAUAUCAUUCCCCUCUUGGUUUACGCUCUCAAAGGAGUUAAGUGCAAUUAACAAACGCGUGUUGUAUAUUAAUGGGAUAUUAUUUAUGAGGAUUUAUAGCUAUUAUCUCAUAAUUUGAUUUUUCUUCAUAAAGCGUAAAUAUUCGCUUUGCUUGAUUUUGAUAACCCGAUAGCAUAGACGCUAUCGCUAUCAUAGGGAUUAAUGAAUAUCCAUUGCGGUAUCGAAUGUCAGGCUAAAGAGAAAUGGAUAAAAAAAUGAAAUGGGAUUAGAGAGAUAGAGAGAAAAACGAUCCACGAUUUUGAUAUAAAAUCAAUCUAACAGAACCACAGCAUGCAUGAAUUAAAAUAAGAUAUCAAAAAUCUGUAGUGCAAUGGUUUGGACACAUCGCUGGAUAAAAACUUCGGAGACAAAGUAGAUCAGCUAAAUUAUCUAAUAACAAACAGUUCUGCUAUAGAGGUGGCGCUCUUGUAAAGAUAAAUUUCUUGUGAUUUGGAAACAGGAAUAAGAAAAUAUCGUAUUUGAUUGUAUGGAUAUAAUGUGACGUCAAGACAUGUCUACGGACGACAGUGAAAGUGUGACGUCAGAAAGUAGCACGAGCACGGAAAGCGAUACUGAUGACGUCAGCGAAAACGCAUCAGUUCGGUCUCUGGCGUUCAGGGUGAAACCAGGAAAAACGACGGCAACGAUCAAAUCUAAGAAAUCUAAGAAAAGAGUUCGAUUUAAACCCGGAGAUAGCUUAGUUCUUGUGUACUGGAUUCCUAAUAGAGAAAUGCUUGGACUUAAAAGUGGAUCUGACGAUUCAGAUGAUAGCGGUGAAGAAACCGAUGACGAAGAUGAUGAUGAUGAGGAUGAUGUUGACGAUGAUGAAGAUGACGACGAUGAAGAUGAUGAUGACGACGAUGACGAUGAGGAUGAUGAUGAUGACGAUAGUGAUGGUGAAAGGAAAGCUAAAGUGAAAUCUAAAAAAGAUAAACCUUUCGCAAGACUUAUCGCAGUUAAACAAAUAAACAACAGAAGGAGGUCACUUCCGGAUUUAAGAAACAACAUAAGGAAAACUCCUGAAAGGCCAAAAUCUGCUACUACUGUUGAUGUUAAUCUCCAACUACAGAAAUCUAAGAAACGGAAUAAAAAGUUCGUUAAAAAGGAUAGGAAGGAACGAGGUAAGAAUUCUAAAAAGGAAGUAGUUGCAAAUCUUCCUGUGAUUUCUGUAAACAAUAGAAAACUUCCUAAGAAGAAUAAGUUGAACGCAAUAAAGCCCGAUAUUGAAAAACCAAACAGACAUAGGCGAAGUAGGGCGAGGCUGUUAGAAAUAAGAGCAACCGUAGAGUCUCAAAAUAGACAAGGUGUUCAAAUGAGUGCUCCGAAAAUGACGUAUAAGAAUGACGUCAGAACUUCAAUUCCUGACGUCAACAAUUCCUUGACUGGUACAUCAAAACCGUUAACGAAUCGAACCCGCCUACAACCGACCUCCUUCCGAAUAACCAAACCGGAUAGACCCAACUCAGGCGUCUCACAUUCUACUACGGAACUUCCGGUUGAGAAACCGCGUUCCGUCGCUCACGUUGUGUCCGCGAGCUACGAUUCUUUAACAAGUGUUCUUCCAAGCUCUUAUGUUCAACUGACCUCCGCUCUUCAAAAACACGGAAUAGUUGAAAAAGAAAGUAUCACAAGACUUGACCCCGAUAAUAUGAACGCGGCCUCAAAGCGGAACUACGGUUGGCAAAUUGCCAACGGCACCAUCUCUAGUCAGUCACUGCGCACACCUAGCAUACUUCCGUUUUUAGACAGCCUUCAAAAUUCAAUUUCGGACAAUAACACGAUUAAGCUUCCGACUUGAUUUUCGUGCCAAGUAUUAAUUAGGAUUAAACGCUUUUUCUCAUGGCAAAUAGUUCAACAAUUUACAUUGACCGACUAACACGGAAGUGGGGUUGGGGCUGACCAAGUUAUCCAGUGCAAAAAAACAACAAGUUUCAGGUUUACACAAUCAGGAUAGAGUGUUCUUUUUAUAACAUUUGUAUACAUCUUUACCAUGUAUAACAUUUAGCCGAUUGUUCAGAACAUUGUUUAAGUUAACAAUGCGAGUAACGGAUUCCUUGUUAACUCUUUAACGUGAAACAUUUGAUUAUGUGCUCACAUAUUGAAAUAGAAACAAGUACUGCUGAAACAGUUUUCUCAAAUACAGCGUAUCAAAAUAUCAACUUCCAGAUUAGUAACGAUUUGAAAGUUAACAAUGAGUUGUUAACUUACACAAAGUUCUGAAUAUUCAGUCUGUUGUCUUUUUUGCCAUUAGCCACGUUGAUUCAAACCAUUUUUGUCAAUUUAUGACUGAGAGGUUUUCGCCCAUCUUUUACAGAUAUUAGUUUAAAGCUGCACACUCACAGAUUGACAGUUUUGACUUUUGUUUUACUUUUUUUCUCAGAAUCAGCUGAUUUUGGUGACAAUGGCUUAUUAUUUCAAUCAUUAUCAGAUAAUUGUUUGGAAAACUGCCAAAAAAACAAAAAACAACAACGAAAGCGUUAGUAACGCUUUUAGUCAUAAUAUAUCAAAUUUCGAGAGUAAAUAUGAAAAAUUGCGAUCUGAUCUUUUGUCAGCAGUCUUGAAUCCCUGGUUUCCAGACAUUUACGCAAAAAAUUGCUUAUUCCAAGACAAAAAUAUAAAAAAGCGUUGUCAAAAUGGUCAAUCUGUGAGAGUGCAACUUUAAUGUCAAUAAUCCCAUUCUGAAAACACAUUCAAAUUGAUAGUUCAUGUUUAUUCUUAAUUGGAGUGAAAAAGGAAAGUUGAUUUUUUUCGCAGCUUUUUGGAAUACGCAGGUGAUUUUCGCUUACAACCAACACUAAUAGCUGGGUGUUCUUUGAUGAGUACUGGAACUGCUUCUAAUAAAUCGCAGCGUGUAUUUUCCCAACGCACAUCAGCUAUACGCAUUUUGCUUCAGCAGAAAUCUGUUUUAUUUCUGUUAAAAGUUCAUAUUCAUGUAUCUGAUAUCUGGCAUAUAUGCUAUAAUGAGGUCUGUGGAGCUAUUCACGUUACCGAUACAAAAUUUGAUCACGAAACAAACUUUUGACAAUUUUCAGAAUUGACUUAGUCUAUGAGAAAAAAUAAAAAAGAUUUAUCAAAAAGAUUUAUCAAAAUACGCUAUGAUUGACCUUUUUUUAGGCACGAUACCUUGCAAAAACUGAAAAUGUAACUAAAUCCUCCACAAUAUUCAUUUUUGCUGAUUUUAUACAUUCCAUGCCAUGUUCGCUGUACGCAAAAUCUUUUUACAUUAUAUUACAAAAAUAUCAGGUUCUAUUUGUUAUUUAUUGAUGUUUUAUGUUCAAUUUUAGUUCAUAAUUGAUAUAUAAUUGUAUGCCUAUAGUGAUUCUACGUUAUUACUAUGUAAUAGACAUUAUAAUAUUACUUAAUAAUUGAAUAAAACCAGAAAAGAUU